AUGAAGCGUGGCUCGUGGGAGCUUCCGGCCCCCGGCAGUGGACCAGUGAGCGAUGGUGGGGGUGGUGGCGAGCGCGCUGCCAAGGAACCGAGGAGGGGGACGUUGGGCGCGGCCAUCCAGCUAGAGGAGAAGAAGGGGGGGCUGGGCAGCACCACCCAGCUGGUGCUCAAGCUACUGGAGCAGCUGGGGGCUCGCGUCCGCGAGCUCGAGAACGAAGUCUUCGACACGCUGACCAUGUCGAAGGCCAGCCCGAUCGUGGAGCAGGGCCAGAGCGUGCUCAAGCAGUACGCAGCGGCGGUCAAGGGCGGCCCGAACCACAAGCGCGGCCCCCCGCACCUGCACGCGGGCAUGGCCAUGCUCGCGGCACUGGUCGGAAAGGCAAUGCAGUCCAAGGGCGCGGCGCGCGAGAACGACAGGAAGGACGUGGCGGACGAGGCUCACGCCUCUACGUGGUUGAUCCGCUGCGUGCGCACUGCGCCUCAAAAGGCGAGCUCGAUCCUGGUCGUGUCGUGGUCCCUGUCUUGCAUGGCGCUGAUCAGCGUGGUGAAUCGUCCAGACGGCGUGAACGAGCUGAGGAAGGCGGACGCCAAGAAGGAGCCCUCGGCCGAGCCAGCGGCCCGGGAGGGGUGGAGGCAGGGAGCGAUGCUGCAAGCCGGCCUGGUUGCGCAGGCAGUCUACAAGCUGGACCAGUCCGUCAGGAUCCCAGGCGCCCGCGGCGGCCGCGGCGCUGCGGAGCUGGUGACUCUGCGCCUGCGCAGGCGCCUCGAGAGCUCGGCGCAGCCCCUGCCGAGCCGCUCCGCCGCCGCCGUCAGCAACGCGUGCAGGCCCGCCACCGUCGCGGCAGCGCUCGCCGCGCCGGCGGCGCCGCUCACCUUGAUCUUGAUCGCGUGGGCGAGCAUCGCAUUGAAGCAGAACGCCAUGAAGGAGGCGUUCGGGAGGAAGUACGGCCACCACUCUAACCCCGCGAUCACCUGGGCGGUCAUCGCCACGCAGCAGACCUCCAUGCAAGCAUACGGGAGGAUGUACGGCCGCCACAUUGCUGCCCUGAGGGACCCUCCUGGCGGUGUAAAGUGCCACGACGUCCGAGCACUCCCCGUCCUUCUGAUCCUCGCGCUUCUCGGUGCCGCUGCCAAGAUCUCGGCCUGCUCGGAGCUCAGCGCCCCGUGCGUGGUGCCCCAUGGUCAUCUCGACGAUCGGCUCCACACCCACGCCCUCCUGCUCGAUGCCCUCGGUCUGCUCGGCGAUCGGUCCCACGUGCAGGUCCUCCUGCGCCACCUGCUCGAUGCCCAGCGCCUCGUGCUCGGUGCCCUCGGGCUCGGCGAGCGGCUCAGCGUGCCUGUGGCCUUGGACCGAAGCGCGCCCGCUGCCAGUGCUUGCUUCAGCAGCGCCGCGCCGGCCUACCAGGCCGCCAAGGCGCCCACGCUGGCGGUACGGGCUUGCGGUCUGCGGUGGAGGUGGACGGCGAGGAGGGACUACGGACGGGAUGGAGAGAGGGAGGUGGAGGGCGAGGCGGGGCAGGGCCAUCUCUUGAAGCAGGUAUUGACCGACACCGGCGUGGGGGCGCUGCCCCUGGAGGAGAAAUUCGUUUGUAUCGUUUCAUUUUACGGAUCUUUGGGUGGGUUAGGCGCCGCCGGCGCCGCCCAGCGGCGCCAGGGCGCCCUGCGAGAGGCGCUGCUGAAGCUCUCCGCCGAGGCCUCUGCCGGGCACCGCGACCGGGAACAGGAGGUGGACGUGUCGCGGUUUUGGUUCAAGUCGGAGCAGGAGCAGCUUCAGGCGGAGCGGGAGCACGCGGAGCAGGCCUUCUCCUCGCACGUCAUCGAGGAUGACGGCGACUCCCCGGCGCCGCCCUUUGGCGGCACGGUAGAGCCCGCGCCCGGCGAUGAGGCGGGCAUUGAGAAUCCGCCCGAGGACGAGGUGGCCACAUUGGGCGGCCAGGCCGCCGCCGCGGGGCAGCCCGAGGCCGCGGCUGCGAGCCCCGCGGCGCGGGCGGUGGCCGCCGAGCCGCCGCGCGCCCCGGGCGGCUCGGAGGGCAUCGCGGGCUUGGCCAGGGACGCUGCCGGGGCCGCUCGGGAGUCGGGCUCCGCCGCGUCGGUCGACGGGGGGCACACGCAGAGGGCGGCGUCGCUCACCCACGUGAUGCCCAGACUCCAGGACGCGGUCGAGAAGCCACCGCCCAUGCUGAAGCCAGUGGUGGCGGAAGCGCCGCUGUCAGACGACUGCGCGCUGUCGAUGUGGUCGGAGUGGUCGGACUGCCAGCAGCUGCACGACGGCUACAAGGUGUGGUUCGCGGUGCGGACGCGCGUCGUGAUCUCAGGCGAGCGCGACGGCGACGGCGUCCCAUGCCCCGUGUCCCAGCCGGGCGGCCUGCUUCAGCAGCGCGCCUGCGUGCGCGCGAACUCGCGGCGGGCCCAGCGGGGCCCCUCGGCCGCGGUUUUACUGCUUCUCGGGCGGCCCGCGCCCGAGAUCGUGGAGCCUGUGCUGGCGCGCUGGCUGGUGCAAAAGGGGGAGCUCUUUGUCGACAAGGAGGGCAUCCCGCACUGGGACGGCGAGAACAUAGCUCUUCUACGAGAAUACCGCAUGAGAGUGAUGAUUGAGUACAGCACCCAGUCGAGCUCGACAGAGGCUGGCAAGGAGAAGAGGGCGAACUUGGGCUUGCGCUUGACGCGAGGCCUCACUGGCCGCGCAUGGAAGGCGGUGGAGCCCCUGCUGGACGACAUGGCGUCGCUCACCCAGGACGGCUCGCACCAGAAGAUCAUCGAGGCUCUCGAUGGCUUAGACAAAGUAGCGGUGGUGCGCAAGCAGCAGAAGUUCGAUGAUUUCUUCAAGAGGUCCCGCCGUCGUCGUGGCCAGGAGAUCGUCGAGUACCUGAGGACGUUCCACAACAAGUACAAGGAGCUGACGGAGCUGGACACCGGGACGAAGCUCAGCGACGACCUCUACGCCUACUUCCUCCUCGAGGGGGCGAUGCUGACGGACGACCAGAAGAGGCUGGUCACGAUGGUGGCGGACAAUAAGUACGAGACAAAGGCCUUCGAGAACACACUGAAGACGAACUACCACGACCUCCACCUGCAGGAGAAGACCUCCCGGCUGCCACAGCCUCAUCCUCACGGACGCUCGAAGGGCGGAGGCAAAGGCGGCAAGGACAAGUCCAAGAAGCAGACGAGGGUGUACUACACCGAGGUCCGGGACCUCCAGAGGAAGCGCGGCUUCUUCAAGGCAGAGGGCACGUUGACGUUCGAGGAGCGCGAGGCGGAGAUCGCGAAGGACAAGCAGCGCACGCACUGCGGGGCGUGCGGCAAGAUCGGCCACUGGGCCGGGGACCCAGAGUGCCCCAUGGGUCCGAAGAGGCCGAAGCCGUCGGCGAAGCCUAAGAGUCGAGCUGAUCCACGUGGUCGAGCAGCGGCGUUGGGUCGCCCGGCCUGGAGCAGUCCUUCGGCCUCGGGCAGCAGCCCACGCCCGACGAGCAGCACCAGUGCCAAGAAGCGGAGAGAUGCGACACUCUUCGUGCUGGACGACGUCGAGUACGACUCGGCCUUCUUCGUCAGCUCGGACCGCGGCUCCGACAUCGGCUCCUUCAAGCUCGUGGGCAGCGACAUCGGCGACAGUGCGAGCGUGGUCAGCGACGGCCUCAGCACGACUCUCCCGACGAUGAAGGACGACGAGGUGUUGCCAUGCCCGAAGUGCUCCAAGGCUCUGGUAGCUCGCCAGAACCAUCGGACGGGCGGCUGGUUCUUCGGCUGCAGCCAGUUCCCGAGCUGCAAGGGCACGCUGAACUACAACGAGGGCGAGCAGAGGCUGCGCGAGGCGCGGCCACCGCCGUCUUCGGCCUGA